CGCGCCCUGCCCGCCCCCUUCCUCCUCCUUUUGUUUUUCUUUUCUUUCUCUUUUAUUUUUAUUUUUGACUUCUUUGGCUGGUGGUAGCCACUUGGGGCUGUUUAGACUCCGCGGUUCCCACUCGUGCCAGGGAGCGCCGAGGCCGGCAGCUUCCCUCUUUCCACCCCUGCCUCCCUCUCUCUGCCCGCCUGCCGCCCAGAGGGAGGACCUGGUUGGCUUUCCACUCUAUGGCAAUGAGGAAAAAAUAAUGAAUGUCAAAGGAAAAGUGAUUCUGUCUACGCUGGUGGCCUCCACUGUGGUGGUUGUGUUUUGGGAAUAUAUCAACAGCCCAGAAGGUUCCUUGUUGUGGAUCUAUCAUUCAAAAAAUCCAGAAGUUGAGGACAGUAUCUCCCAGAAGAACUGGUGGUUUCCAAGCUGGUUUGGCAAUGGGACCCACCCGGAAGAGGACACCGACAAAGAGAAGGAACCCAGGAAAGAAGAUGAUGAGUUGGCGCUCCAGGACUGGUUCAAUCCAGAGAAACGCCCUGAAGUGGUGACGGUCACCGAGUGGAAGGCGCCCGUCGUGUGGGAAGGCACUUUCGACAGAGCCAUCUUGGACAGCUACUACACCAGGCAGAAAGUCACCGUGGGGUUGACGGUGUUUGCGAUCGGAAAGUACAUCGAGCAUUACUUGGAGGAGUUCUUGACGUCCGCCAACCAGUACUUCAUGGUGGGCCACAGGGUCAUCUUCUACAUCAUGGUGGACGACGUCUCCCGCGUGCCUUGGAUCGAGCUGAGCCCGCUGCGCUCCUUCAAGGUGUUCAGGGUCAAGCCCGAGAAGCGCUGGCAGGACAUCAGCAUGAUGCGCAUGAAGACCAUCGGCGAGCACAUCGCCGCCCACAUCCAGCACGAGGUGGACUUCCUCUUCUGCAUGGACGUGGACCAGGUCUUCCAGGACAGUUUCGGGUUGGAGACCCUGGGUCAGUCGGUGGCCCAGCUGCAGGCCUGGUGGUACAAGGCCGACCCGAUUAAGUUUACCUACGAGAGGAGGAAGGAAUCCGCUGCCUACAUUCCCUUUGGCCAGGGGGAUUUCUAUUACCACGCGGCCAUUUUCGGGGGAACCCCGCUGCAGGUCCUAAACAUCACCCAGGCGUGCUACGAGGGGAUCCUCCAGGACAAGAAAAAUGAUAUAGAAGCCGAGUGGCAUGAUGAGAGCCACUUAAACAAGUAUUUCCUUCUCCACAAACCCACCAAGAUCUUAUCCCCAGAAUACUGCUGGGAUUAUCAUAUAGGAGAGACUUCUGAUAUUAAGAUAGUUAAGAUCUCUUGGCAGACGAAAGAGUAUAGUGUGGUCAGGAACAACAUCUGACUUGGAAUGGUGCCACUGGCCUUCUGAAUUCAAGAGAGUAUUACUCUGGCUACUUAAUCAGACAAAAAAAAAAUCACAUAAUUCUAACUCCAAAGGAUACUAAUCAAAUACCAACGGGACAAGUGCAACUUAUUUCUUCCUGUUAACCUCGAGCCUUCUAAUAUGGGAGAAUGAAUUUAUGGUGGUCAGAGAUUAUUUCCCAGUGAUUUUGACUCAAUUCUGGGUUUGGGGGGAGAUGCAAUCAGCUGAACCAAAGGCCAAUUAACAGCCAGAAAUACUCGACAUGUGCCACUGGACUAACGGGAGCUACAGCAGGUGUUUCACAACAAAGUAUGAUUGUGGGCACUUGUCUCCUAGGUCGCACUGUCUUCCUGUCUUUGGUGAGUCUCAGGCAACCCAGAGUGGCUUGGCGGUAGGAGAACAGUUAUGAGAACACAGGCUGCCUUGGCAAUCCUCAGACGGUUUUGAUAGAAUGUGGCUUCAGUCCUCACGGUCCUUUUCUCCUCAGGAUGUUGCUUGGCUUCUGUGCAUAAGGUUGGACUGAGAUUCCCAACAGCUGACACGGUGGUGAAUGUUUGGAGUCACCAAUGGGCAGUGGGUGCUCAGGGUGAAGUGGAAACAGAGCAUCAAGGAGAGUUUGCCUUGAAACAGCUAAGAUGGGUGGAAAGAGAAGGGCUCAUAACAGUGGGGAAAUGCCACCUUGGAGGGGCCUGGAACCGGGAGUUGGUAUUUAAAACCAUCCGUGCCUUCAAUGGGAAGCCACAUGGGUGGUCUUCAGCCCCCCCUUGCCCCUUGCCCCAUGAAUGUCUGGGGAGUGGUAGGGAAAUCUGAAUGAAUGAUUUCUUGGAUGGCCUGAAUCAUAAUGUAUCAGACUCUGUAGCUUGUAUCUUAGGACUUUAGGCCAGAGGGCAUUGGAGAAGACAAGUGCCUACAGUGAACAGAAGAAGCUUGCCCAGAGUGACGUUUUCCUGGCGUGACAUGCAGGCAGGCAGUCAUCAGGACUGGGUUCCGUGGUGGCCCGCCAGCUGCUGCUCUCCUUCUCAUUCUACUGGUGGAAGGCUGAGACCAAGGGCUGGACUGGAGAAGCCCUUUCAUCAAACGGCUUCUCAUUUCCCUGUGCCCCAUCUGCACUAUGGAUGUGUAGGAACCAGACGCCUUUUGUGAAGUCGUUCAUUCAUUUCAUUUCAUUACAAAGGCGGGUGGCAGAGGCCCGAGUCCUCUGCUGAAACAGCUUCGAGUUCAGUUCCCUUCUCUAAGAGAAGCUCCAGAAACCUCUAUGAUAUUUAAAGCUCAGCUACUCAGUGCAAAGGCAGUUGGGAGCAACUUUGACACGUGCACUUAUAUUUAUAUUUUGCUUGUGUCCCAGCUUGGGUCGUAUAUUUUCAUUCUCAAGUGAUUUAUGAGAAUCACCGUUGUGCUGGCUCGGUGUUCAGCGCCCCGGACCUCUUUGAUAACACAAAAUCUGUGUUUUUCCCUGCCAGGGCCCUCCCUGUGCCUCCUACUCUUCACUCUGUGCCCCCCAAAUAUCCCAGCAACAGGGUCCGAGGGGAACUCGAUGGUGGGAGGGGGUGCCAGCCAUCACCCCACAUGCCGAAUGGGAUCCUAGUAGCAUUGCCAUUGGAAAUCCCUGGUACCACAACCAAAGUAUGCAUCCUUCAGACAAGAUAACCAACAUGUGUGAGGAGCCACUGUGUCACUCCGGGCAAGUCCCCCACAAUCAAGUGUGUGCAAGCAUCAGUCCCGGUCAUGACAAUGGCAAAAGGCCGGGAGACCCUCAUCACUUGGCCAGUAGAACUCAGUCCACAUGGAUCCUGAGAGUAAGCGUUGAGAAAGAACAAGGAGACCCCAUCAGUCAGGAGUCUUGUUUCUCUAAAAUUCAACUCGUCUGGGGUCCGUUUACAAGUACGGAGAUUAUAGCCUGAACCAAAGCAGUGAUCUAUCCUCGAAGAUUCUAGGAUUGAGAUUUACUUUUGCAGAAUCUUGCUUUAAAGAAAAUCAUUUAAACUUAAAUCCUAAAUCAAUACAUUCAAGACAUCAUUCAUAAUUAUUCUUCAACGUUAAAAAAAAUCAAAUUCCUGAUUUGCAAUCAAAUAAAUUAUUUUUUCAGUAU